UAGUUUGAAAUUGGACAAAAUAUUUUUUUUGAAAGUCAUCAUUACUACACCAUAUAUUAUGACACCAAAACAAGAGUCUAUUAACUUCUUUAUAAUUUUUGGCGCCUCUGGUGAUUUGGCUAAGAAAAAGAUUUAUCCGACUUUGUGGUAUCUUUUUGAGAAACAACUUUUGCCUAUAAACAUUUUUAUAUGUGGAUAUGCACGAAGUCAAAUUAAAGUUGAUGUUAUUAUGCAACAUGCUGAAAAAUACAUGAAAGUUAAACCUAGUGAUAAGUCAGAUGCAUACAAAGAUUUUGUAAGUAGAAAUUAUUUUGUCCAAGGGUCAUAUGAUAAUGAUGAACAAUUUAAAAUAUUAAAUCAAGAACUUGAAUCUAUCACACAAAAAACAAUUAAAGAAAAACUUUAUAAAUCAUUAGAUGAUAGAAUAAAUAUAUACGAAGAAGAUGAAAAUGAGAAAGAUAUUGUAAACUGCUAUAUUGGGGAUGAUGGAUAUAAAGAAAUGCAAGAUCUAAUUGAUGUUCAAGCAGGUGGAGAUAAAAACUACGAUGGAAUUCAAGUCAAUUAUUUAUUUUACUUGGCCCUUCCACCCAAUGUUUAUGCAUCUGUCACAACUAUGAUCAAUCACCACUGCUUAAGUAAAAAUGGCUGGACCAGAAUGAUCAUAGAGAAACCAUUCGGUAAAGAUUUAGAGAGUUCUAGCAAAUUAUCUGCUCAUAUCUCUCAGCUUUUUGAUGAAAGUCAGAUUUAUCGAAUUGAUCAUUACCUUGGUAAAGAGAUGGUGCAGAAUAUGCUAAUAUCUAGGUUUGGAAAUAAGAUAUUCUCGACCCUGUGGAAUAGGGACAAUAUAGCCUGCGUUAUAAUCACCUUUAAAGAAGACAUUGGAACCGAGGGUAGAUCUGGUUAUUUUGAUCAAUAUGGUAUCAUCAGGGAUGUUAUGCAAAAUCACCUGCUUCAAUUGUUGUGUGUGACAGCUAUGGAAAAACCGAUUUCCCUCAAUGCCGACAAUAUCAGGAAUGAAAAGGUCAGAGUGCUACGCAGUAUAAAGAGUGUUGAACCAGCUAACGUAAUAUUAGGCCAAUACAUGGGAAACCCAGAAUACCACCCUUCACAACAUCCAGCUGGAGCCGAGGAUCAAAGCAAGGGCUACUUUGAUGAUCCAAACAUUCCCAAAGAUUCCACUACUCCUACAUUCGCCACCGCGGUUCUCUUCAUCGAGAAUGAGCGGUGGGACGGGGUGCCCUUCAUACUCAAGUGCGGCAAAGCCCUCAACGAAAGAACUACUUUCAUCCGUAUUCAAUUCAAGGAUGUCGCGGGUGACAUAUUUCCCGUUGGCGCUCUUAAAAGGAACGAAUUAGUGAUAAGAGUUCAACCUAAUGAAGCUGUCUACAUGAAAUUCAUGACCAAACAACCUGGCAUGGAUUGCCACCUGGUGGAGACAGAAUUGAAUCUCACCUUCAAUCAAAGAUAUAAGGGUAUGGUAACUCCCGACGCCUACGAGCGGUUGAUCAUAGACGCCUUCGCUGGUAAUCAAAUUAACUUUGUGCGCACGGACGAAUUGCACGAAGCCUGGCGGAUAUUUACCCCGCUUCUGCAUAAGAUCGAGAAGGAGAUAAUAAAACCCAUUCCUUACAUCUUUGGAAGUCGAGGUCCUAAAGAAUCUGACGAAAUUGCCAAAAAAUAUGGGUACAUUUUUACGGGCACGUAUAUAUGGCGGCCCGACGAGCAAAAAGAUAAGAAAUAAGUCAACGAAAUAAAACUCAAAACUUGAAAAAUCUCACCUUAUAACUUAGAAAUUCUACCAUAUUCGCAAAAUAUUUUAACAAAUUUCGCACUAUUUUUUCCCCCAUAUUUAUAAUUGUAAUUUUUAGCACAAAAUUUUAUAAUUAUAAUAUAAUUUAAUUCUUUGUAGUAAUACUCAAAUAUUUACGCAAACGCAAUCAUUGUAUAUAUGUGAUAAUGAUACUAGUCAAAUUAUUUUAUAUUUUUUAAAAAAAAUGAAUAAUA